AAAAAAGUUAUUUGAUUUUUAUAGGUUAAAAUAUUACCCAUAUUUCAAAUUCGUUUUAAUCAAAAAAUGAAUAUUUUAAACCCCCACAAUAACAACAAAUUAAAUAUGAAUCGAUCGUUAUUCGAUAAUGUACUCGAUGAUUACUCUUCAACGAGUAGUUUAAGCGGUAGCAGCGAAAAACGUAGCGAUUUUGAGGUUAGCAACGUUCUUGAAAAUAUAAUAAUGGAAAAUAGAAGGAUGGAAAAUUGUUAUGAUGAUACGGGAAUGUACAAUGAAAUAUGCGACGAUGAAAUUAUGUUCUCAGCAAGUCACGAUAUUAUCGAUGAAAGCCAUAGAUUGUAUAAAUAUCAUUUACGUAGGGAAGCUUUGCUUAGCGGCUUCUCUGUACCUGAGUAUGUAAUUCAUGGUCGUUAUCCAGAACAUAUGAAUGCUCUUAUUGAGUUGGCUGAUCGGUUUCGGGCAUCUCCACAAAGGCUUUGGGUUCAUGAUCAGGCACAAAAUGUUGAUUUGGAGAGUUUAAAUUUUCAAAGUUUUCAAGAUUUAUUAGAUGGGUUAUUUCAGGAAGGAGGUGUAACAUACGAACGGGUUCUUGUUUUAUUUUUCUUUUGCACUGAUUUAACAAUACGGGCGUUUAGUGAGAAAUUAUUGGAAUAUUUUCAUAGAAUUAAUCAAUGGAUUACUUCUUACAUAGGAAAUAGGCUUUCCUUAUGGAUCGAGGAACAAGGUGGAUGGGGUGCUGUUUUACAUCAUUCAGUCACUACAGUAACAAAGUAUGCAUUCAUGACGUUUUGUUGUUUAGGCAUUAUAGCCCUUGCAAUUUAUAUUAAAAGUAAACAUCAUUCCUCUGUGUGAUUGUUCAUGUUUGUUUAUGAAUUCAUCGAUUUGCAAGAAAUUUAUUACUUUUUUGAUCUCAAUUAUAAAAUAAUAUCUUUACAUAGAUGAUAUAAAAGCAAUCAAGAACUGAAUGCAUCUUAAUAUUUAUCUAGUUAUAACAAUAAUUAUUAUUGAAAAGAUAUUAAUGUGAUUUUAGUAGUAUUUUUUUUUUAAUUUGUUCAGAGUUCCUAGUAAAUGUAGUGUUUUUUUCUGAAUUAUAGAUGUACUUAUGCAAUUUUUUCUAAUGUAAAUUAAUAAAAAAAUUUUGUACCUA